AUGGAGCGGGAAAAAUUCAUAUUUUUGUACCUUUUGAAAAAAACAUACAAUGGUGGAGGUAUCAAUAGAAUGAAACAACAGCUUGCUGGAGUUCCAGCAAAAGAUAAACAUGCCGGUGUGCUCGGUGAUACUUUGAGGAUGAAUGUACAUAACUUGUAUGAUGUUGAUGAUGAUGAUGAUGAGGUUCAAGGUAUGCAUUAUCCAUCUCAACCGUCAAUUAAAGCAGCAUUGCAAAGUAAGGAAAGAUGGCAUGAAACGGAUUUAGCUCUUGCUAUGUGGCUUUAUGAUUCUUGCAUACCUAUGAAUGUCGUGAAUUCUCCCCCUUUUCAAAUAGAAAUGAGUAAAGUCGCUAGUAUGGGUCAUGGAGACACAGGGCCUUCAUAUCAUGCUAUGCGUGUGACAUUGUUGAAAGAUGCGAAACAAUCUGUACAACUUAUAGUUGAUUCUUAUAGACGUUAUUGGGCAGAAAAUGGUUGUAUAACUAUGGGAGAUAGGUGGCGUGAUACAAGACAACGAUCCCUUAUCAAUUUUAUGGUGUAUUGUGCAAAAGGGAUUUCCUUCAUCAAAUCAGUUGAUGCAUCGGAUAUUGAGGGUAAUGCCCAAACGCUAUGCAGCUUAUUUAGUGAGAUUGUUGAUAUUGUUGGUCGUCAGAAUGUAGUUCAUUUAGUCACUGAUAAUGCUACAAACUAUAAGAAUGUAGGAAGAUUGUUAUGUGAGAAAUAUUUGUCUAUUGUAUGGUCUUCUUGUGCAACUCAUUGUAUGAACUUGAUUAUGAAGGAUAUGUCGGAGAUGCCUCAAGUUGGUGAUUUGGUUACACUUGCAUCGAGGGUUACAGUUUUUGUUUAUAACCACAAAUAA